AUUGGACGCCUACGACUUCCUACGUACUCACGCAUCUUGUUUUCAUUUGUUGAUCGCCCCACAAAGACGCACUCUCGGCCGCCCCAGUCGUCCCCCCAUCAUGUCUUUCUUUCCCUCCAACAACACCUACAAGCCCCAGGUCCGCCAGGAGGGUUUCCACUUGCCGUCUCCCCCGCCCUCGAACCCCUCCCCGCCACCGUCCGCGACGUCCCCCAACGGCCACGCGUUCGACCCCAACAGCAUGUUCAGCAUCGGCACCCACUUCAUCAACGACCCUUUCCGCAAGUCCGCGAACGACCCCAACAUGGACUUUGGCGACGAGCUCGCAAGCCUGAUGGCACACUCGCCCGCGCCAAACCACGGCCACCACCAGUCGCACGAGCGGUCAACGCACUCGCCGGACGCGCCUGAGCACCACGUCAACGGCAGCGGGGCGUACGACAGCCAAGGCUACCGACACAACAUCUUCGACAUCUCCGCCCCGAGCUCACACCACCACAACACCGGCGGACACCACAACAACGGCUUCUCGCUGCCCUCGCAGACACACCACCGCCCUGACCUGCCCUCGCUCGCCCACCCGUCCUCCUUCCACGACCCGUACUCGCCCACCUCCAACGGGGGCAACAACCCCACAUCACCCCACACCUCCGGCCCACCCCCGCACUUUAAUUCCACCCUCCCCGCAUUGUCAUCCUCCCUCCGCUACGACCCCCACGAGCCCCCGCCCUCGUCCUACCAGCACCAGAUCGACUCCUUCAGCCGGUCGCACCACUCCCCCAGCCCCGCCUCCGCCCCUGGCCGCUCGCGCUCUCGUUCGCGAGACCACACAGGAUCCGCCCUCGCCAGUCUCGGUGAGCCCCCCUCCACCCACGGCGGUCCGGCCCGAAACACACGCGCCAAACGGGGCAGCAUCUCCUCCACAUCGCCCCCCCGGCACUCCUCGCUCUCCUCCCAUCUCUCCUCACAGGGACAACAACAACAGCAACAACAACCCCCGCAUCCACAUGCGAUCCUUAUCCCGUCGCACUCGGGCUCGACUCAUCGGGGCACGCCGACGAUGCCCGUCUCGCCCAUGUCGUUGCACUCGCUCAGCAGCAGUACGACGAGCGGGUGGUUCAUGCCCCCCGGAAGCGCAGGCGGACACGGUGGCGGACACGGUCAAGAAUUCAGCCUGCCUACGCCCGAGAGUCUCGGCGGGGGCGGUUAUGGGCCCUUUGGGACGCCCCAGGGAGGGCUGGGCGUCAGUCCGAAGGACGUGAACGGCCUGGGGGGUAUGCGGGACCAGAGUCCGGCGCAGAAUGGCGGCGUUAUGGACGCGGCGGCGAAACAGGCGAUGCUCGCGAACGAGAAGAGGCGCAGGAGGCGCGAGUCGCAUAAUGCGGUCGAGAGGAGGCGGAGGGAUAAUAUCAAUGAGAAGAUCAGCGAGCUUGCGACGCUCAUUCCGGAGUGUAUGCUCGAUCCUAGUGCCGCAUCCCAGCCACCACUCUCCCCAACCACCGAAGACAUCCUCUACGGCAACCUCGCGCCUCCACUCGCCCAGCCGGCUUCGACGGGCUCGCCGAAGGAGGACGAGAAGGGCGAGGCGGGCGGGGAUGGCGUGGUCAAGGCGAAUAAGGGGAUGAUUUUGAGGAAGAGUGUGGAGUAUAUCCGGUACCUCCAACAGCUCGUCUCCGCCCAAGCGAGCCGCAACCGCGAACUGGAAGCGCAACUCCAAACCGGCGGAAAAAUCCUCUCUCCGUCUUCCCUCAUCACCUCUUCUGGAAUGCUCAACGGCAAUGCCAACGGGGCAAACAAAUCGGAGACGGGAGAGACGGACGAUAUGGGCGGACUGAUGCUGCAUUCUGAAGUCCCGGAUUUGUCGGGGCUUAUUCCUGCGUCGUAUAACAAUAGCAACGGGAAGGCGGGGAAGAUGGGCAAUGGGAAUGGGAAUGGGAAUGGGAGGUUGCAUGAUGUGGCGGAGGGAGAUGAGAUGGAUCUGGGAGAGGACGGGAUGGAGGGGAGUGAGAUGGGGAUGGGGACUGGAGCUGACGGGGAUGGUGAUGGUCAGGAGGGAGAGGAGGGAGAGAAUGGGAUGGAUGUGGCGGAUUCGCCGGGCAGUGAGGGUAUUGGGAAGGAGAGCAGUGGGGAGAGGGGAAGACCUGCGACGAGGAGUUUGAGGAGGCAGGGACAGGGCGUGCAGGUGAAGGAGGAGCCGAGCGGGAUGGAGACUUCAUGAGUCGCGCACGACGAUGACUCAGUAAAAGGUCAUACCUUUGGCCGCCCCGCUCCCACCCCGCUAAUAGUCCGAUACCCGUCUCGAAAGAAACGAAUAUUGCAUGGUCAUGGUCCCGAACGCUGUCUACCGUCGCCCGUUGCCCACAGAAUCCUGUACUGAUUGUUCCGGAUGGUGCUUUCCCCGCCGGGAUGUGUUCCUGUCUUCGUCUCCUUUCUAACGUGUCCCGUCUACUGUCUCUAGUCCUCAGUCUUCUUCUCACCUUUUUCUUCUGUCUUGUUUGAUCUAGUUGACGUGCUUUUGUUCAUUGUCCGAUCUACUAUCCAGUCACCGUGCCCAUGUCCUAUUCCUAUCCAGUCACCGUGCCCGUGUCCUAUUCCUAUCCAGUCGCCGUGCUCUUUCUUUCUCUUGCUCGUUCAUUCUUCUCUUUUCUAUUUCACAUAUCCACUCUGAACACCGCUGUAUCAUUCGUCCCCAUCUGCUCAUCUCACCACUAUUUACUCCUCCCUUCGACGACGAUGAUGACGCCACCGCCGCCGACGCCGACAACGACGAUGCCGAUGACGCGUGUUAUCGUUGUCCCAUGUCCCAAAAUGUGCAUUAGUAUUUCCAUUCGACUCUUCCUCCUUAUCCGACUUUGGUUUGUUCGUUUCAUUUCAUUUCGUUACGACUCGAUGACGGUUUGCUUGGCCGUCUGUGUAUAUCAUACCAUUCACGUUCUCGUUCAUUUCAUCUCUAUCGACCCUACUCCUCAUGCACAUUUCGCAUUUGGUCGCUCGUCUGUGUGUUAUUAGUUGGUGUGUGGUCGGUUAGGCUGACUACGAUUUUUUUGUUUCUCCCUUUUGUUUCUUUUCUUUUUGAUUAGUGACCGGUGACCGGUGAUUGUGGCCGUUGUUUUCGAUUCGUGCUGCCUUGCUCCCUGCUUCAUACUUGCUACUACUCACCGACUACGACUGCUCGACUGCUUCGCCGUUACUGUCGGCGAUCCUACCUAUCUACUCACUUACCCACUCCGUGGUCUACUCACCUACUCACUUACUCACCCACUCACCGACUUACCUACCUACCUACCCCCUCCGCUCGAUUUUACUCGCCUCGAUCACACCCGUAUCGACCGCGAGAUGUACAUGAUACGAUACUAUGAUACGAUACUAUGAUAUGAUAUGAUAUGAUGUUAUGCCCCCAUGCUAUGCCUUGCCCUUUCUCUAACCUUUCUCUGCUCUGUCAAUGUCAAUGUUGUGUAAUGUAAUGUCUCUAUGAGUUUGAACUUUGGAUGUGUCUUUAGGAAUUAGGAAUUU